AUGGCCGCCGCGGCCGGGGACGGCGCGGUGAAGCCGCUGCAGUGCGCCAUGAAGCUGGCCAACGGGGCCAUCGAGCUGGACACCGGCAACCGGCCCCGGGAGGCAUAUACAGAAUACCUGAGGAGCAUCCACUAUAUCUCCCAGGUGCUGCUGGAAGAAGUGGAAACCACCAAAGAAGGUGGCGACCCUGUGGCCCCAGACACCUCAAAGAUGCUGAAACUGGCUGAGCAGUGUCUGGAGAGGGCCCAGUCGACAGCUGCCAAGCUCGGGAAAACACACCUGAAGCCAGCCACGCCCGUGGCUGCUCCUGGCCCCUCAUCUACCAGCCGACAUCGCCGGGUGUACUCAGAUGAAGGGGGGAGACUAUCUCCGUUUCUGCCGCCCGAGAUCUUCCAGAAGCUUCAGGCGGCAGAGUCACAAAGUUCCAAAAAGGAGCUGACACCUCUGGAGGAGGCCUCUCUGCAAAACCAGAAGCUGAAGGCCGCCUACGAGGCCCGGAUGGCCCGUCUGGACCCCAGCCAGGCCAUGCAGAAGACAUCCCUGACCCUGUCCCUGCAGCGGCAGAUGAUGGAGAACCUUGUGAUCGCCAAAGCCCGGGAGGAGACACUGCAGAGGAAGAUGGAGGAGCGCCGCCUGCGGCUCCAGGAGGCAGCCAACAGGAGGUUCUGCAGUCAAGUUGCCCUGAGCCCGGAGGAGCGGGAGCAGCGGGCCCUCUAUGCCGCCAUCCUCGAGUACGAGCAAGACCACGACUGGCCGAAGCACUGGAGGGCCCAGCUCAAGAAGAGCCCAGGGGACCUGUCGCUAGUGACCAGCCUGGUCUCCCACCUGCUCAGCAUUCCCGACCACCCCAUCUCGCAGCUCCUGAAGAAGCUCCAGUGUGCAGUGUACCGGGCGCUGUACCCCAUCGUGAGCAGGGGCGCUGUUGGCGCUGCCUCUGCCCCUGGCUGCCGUUCCUUGCCCCCAGACGCCGACGGGCUGCUGGCUCCGGGAAGCCGGCGGCUCCGGCCCUCGCAGAGCCUCUACUGCAUGCUCUCCCCUGCGGAGCCCAGCCCGGCCCUGCGGCCCCCAGACGGCACUCAGGCCGGCCCCCCAGACAGAGGGCCAGACAGCAGCCCUGCCGGGCCUCCCUCACCCCUGGCACAUAGCUUGACCGGUGUGCAGGGCAAAGACAGCUCCUUUGAAGACCUCGAACACUUCUUGGCUACUUCUGAGGGGUGGGGCCGGGGGCGUGGGAGGCCGCCUGAGCCCCAAACAACGGGGGUGAAGAAGGAGCCGCUGCUGGAGCAGCUGAAGAGCACUGUGAAGGACAUACACAACGCCAUCGACAGGCUGCUCUCGCUCACCCUCCUGGCUUUCGAAGGCCUGAACGUGGCCGCCUCCAAGGACCGAUGUCUGGCCUGCAUCGAGGAGCCCUUCUUCUCUCCGCUAUGGCCCCUGCUGCUGGUACUCUAUAGGAGUGUGCACCGCCUCCGGGAGGCCGCCCUGAGCAGAAGCAUGGAGCUCUACAGGAAUGCACCCCCAGCCGCCAUAGGCAUUCCCAGGAAGCUCCUCCCCCGGGACCCGGAGGCCGCAGGAGCUGGUGCCUACCCCUACUGUGCUGCAGCCCAAGAGCUGGGCUUGCUGGUCCUGGAGAGCUGCCCCCAGAAGAAGCUGGAGUGCAUUGUGCGGGUCCUGCGGGUCAUCUGUGCCUGUGCCGAGGAUUACUACCAGGCCCAGGAGGCUGCCCCUGAGGCCAAACCCCCAGUGGGUGCCGCAGCCAUCGGUGCCGACGACCUGCUGCCCAUCUUGUCCUUUGUGGUGCUGAGAAGCGGUCUCCCCCAGUUGGUGUCAGAGUGUGCAGCCCUGGAGGAGUUCAUCCAUGAGGGGUACCUGAUUGGAGAGGAGGGUUACUGCCUGACGUCACUACAGAGUGCCCUGAACUACGUGGAGCUACUGCCCCGGGGGGCCCUGGGCAAGUAG